AGAGAGUGAGAGAGAGUGAGAGAGAGGAGGAGGCAGCAGUGAAGAGUCAGAGCAGAGUACAGUACAGCAGAGGAGGAGGACCUUCUCUCUGCUGCUGCUGCUGCUGCUGCUGCUGCUGCUGCUGCUGCUCGGCUCCUCCGUGGAUUCUAACCGUCGCCCCCUGAACCCCACACUCUCUGGGAAUACUCUCUGGGUGCCUCCUCCAACUUGUCCACUUCACUCCCUCCUGCAGCCUCACCCUCGGCCGCCAGGUGUUGCCUGAUCACCGGGGCUGUUUGUUUUCCUCACCUUCCCCCGGAGCAUCUCUGUCUCUGCCUGGAUAACUUUUUUCGCCAUCCCGCACGAUUGUCCUCCUCUUCCUCCUCUUCCUCCUCCUCCUCCUCCUCCUCUUCAUCGACACCCCACGGCAGUCCCCCCGCCCCUUCUCGCCAAGUCCUGCUCCUUCGCUGCAGCAACGUCCUCUGGAUCGGGCGGAACCCAUUUGCUCGGUCUGCGCGGGGUCGAACUCUACUACAUGGGGCGCACGGCGUCGCUCGGAAAAUGGUCUACAGUCGGUCUGUGGGCGCCCCGCUGAGCCUGUCGGGAUCGGAGUUGCCGGUGCGAGUCUGCGUCUCUUCCCCACCUCGCCCGUGCAGCCGGGGCUACUGAGACAUGGGUCCGUCCGUGGCGGCGCAGACACCGCUCGCGGAGCCCCGGCGUCUGCGCCAGUGGAGCGGGACAGCGGGGAGCUGGCUCCGGAUCACCAUCGUCUCCUUCCUCGCCACUUUACCUGUGGAGCAGCUGCGCGCUUUUCCGUCCUCCCUCAGCGACUGCCAAACGCCAACCGGAUGGAACUGCUCCGGUUUUGACGACCGGGACACGGACCUGUUCCUGUGCGACACCAACACGUGCAAGUUUGAUGGCGAAUGUCUGAGGAUUGGCAACAUGGUGACGUGCAUCUGUGAUUUCAAGUGCAACAACGACUACACCCCGGUGUGUGGCUCCAACAAUCAGAACUACCAGAACGAGUGUUUCCUGCGCAGGGACGCCUGCAAGCAGCAGUCUGAAGUACUGAUCCUGUCAGAGGGGGCGUGUCCUGCCGACGCUGGUUCAGGAUCAGGAGAUGAUGGUGAAGAAGGUUCCUCCGAGACGGGACAGAAGGAGACGUCCACCUGUGACAUCUGUCAGUUCGGGGCUGAGUGCGACGUGGACGCAGAGGAUGUUUGGUGUGUGUGCAACAUCGACUGCUCCCACAUCAGCUUCAACCCGGUGUGUGCCUCAGACGGCCAUUCCUACGACAACCCCUGCCAGGUGAAGGAGGCUUCCUGUCAGAAACAGGAGCGCAUCGAGGUCAAGUACCUGGGCCACUGCCAAGGUGACAUCUUAACUGGGAACAAAGGAGGGAACGGACAGUUCCCUCACACUGAUGUCACGGAGGAAAACGACGACGUGCGGAAGGGGGAAGCCCGCGGACUCUACAUUCCCUGUCCGGACGACUACAAAAACUACUGCGUCCACGGAGAGUGUCAGUUUCCCAGGACCCCGGACAAGCCCUCCUGCAGCUGUCACUCAGGGUUCCAGGGCCCCCAGUGUGACAUCAAGGAGUACAACGUCCUGUACGUGGUUCCAGGCUCUGGGAAACUGCACUACGUCCUGAUCGCCUCCAUCAUCGGCGCCCUCCAGGUGGUCAUCAUCUGCGUGGUGGUGCUCUGCAUCACCAGGAAGUGCCCGCGGACCAACAGGAUCAACAGACAGAAGCAGAACAACGUCCACUUCAGUUCUGAGAACACCAUGCGGGCGUCCACUCGACUGAUCUGAGCCCAGACCUGCGGGACAGAGUGGAGACGGCGUCUGAUGUCCUCCUCCAUGUAGCCCCCACUCUGCUCCCCCCUCAGUCCUGGUCCCCCGCCCCCCCUCC